UGGCUGAGAGAACAGGAACUGGGAACAAAAGGUGUGCAGUUAUAUCGAAGCAGUGAGAGAGGAGGCAAGAGACUGAGCUGACAGGUGUAGCCUUGGGGCAGGCAGUUCUGAAUUACUCCUUGUGUCUUCCAAACAACACGGUUUCUGAGCCUGCCCCCUGCAGUUAACUCUCACUAGCCUGACUGCAAGAGGAUUCCACACUCGGGUUUGAAAACACUGAAGGUGCACAAUGUCCAGGAUGUCUCAGGUGUUAAAGUUGCAGAGAUCCUGGUCCUUCUCGGAUGGUUCAGAAGACGGACGGCCGACAGACCCCGAACCAGAAGACCUGGAUUGGGAUAACUUUAGCAUGACUCUGGAGGAACAAUUGGCGGUUGAGCAGGAGAGCUUAUUGGAGACAGAGCAGCAGUGUACCCAGCUGGGGAAAGUGAAACAGGAGCUGGAGUCCCAGGUGUCUGAGCUGAGUAAUCGCCUAGAGGAGGAAGAGUCCUGCACAGCUGAAUUGGCCGCGCACAGACAAAGACUGGAGACGGAGUGCUGCAGCCUAAAAAAGGACCUUGAGGAAUUAGAGGCUACCUUGACUGCUGUGGAGAAGGAAAAGAAGACCUCAGGAGUAAACAUCCGGACACUGUCAGAGGAGUUGUUGCAAAGUGAUGAGGUUGCGAUAAACCUACAGAAAGAAAAAGAGCACCUGGAGGAACUCAAUCAGCAAGCCUUUGAGGAUCUACAAGCUGAGGAAGAAAAAGUAAACCUGUUAACCAAAGAAAAAGCAAAACUUCGGGUGCAAACAGAGAAUUUGGAGUACCACCUAGAACAGGAGAAGAAGCAUCGGUCUGACUUGGAGAAAACCAAACAGAAGCUGGAGGGAGACAUCAAGAUGACCAUCGAAAAUCUGAACGAGAUGGAAAAAAUAAAGACAGACCUUGAAGAAAUCAUUAAAAAGAAAGAUUUGGAGAUAAACACAAUGAACAACAAGCUGGAGGAGGAAGAAUCACUGAGCAUGAAUCUCCAGAAAAAAAACAAGGAAUUCCAGGUGCGUAUUGAGGAGUUAGAAGAGGAGCUGGAUGCAGAACGGGUCAUAAGAGCGAAGGUAGAGAAGCAGCGCUCUGACCUGACAAGAGAGCUGGAUGACCUCACUGACAGGCUGGAAGAGGCCGGCGGAGCCACAGCUUCCCAGAUUGAGAUGAAUAAGAAGCGUGAAUCGGAGCUGCUGAGACUUCGCCGUGAGCUGGAGGAAGCUGCCCUGCAGUCGGAGACCAUGGCGUCAGCUCUGCGCAAGAAGCACACCGAGGUGGUGGUGGAUAUGACUGAGCAGUACGAGAGCCUGCAGAGAGUGCGCAUUAAACUGGAGAAGGACAAGCAGAACAUGAAACUGGAAAUAGAUGAUCUGUCAGCCACCGUAGACAACAUGCAGAAAGCCAAGGUCUCUGGUGAUAUCCAAAUGCGGAAACUGGAAGAUUUACUUGCAGAAUCAAAUUCUAGGAAUGAAGAACUGCAAAAGGGGCUCAAUGAACUGAACCUCGCCAAAACAAGGCUCACAGCUGAAAAUAAUGAACUUGGCAGUCAACUGGAGAAAGUGGAAAAUAGAGCCAGUCAUACCAAUAGGACAAAGGCCCUGCUGAUAGCACAGAGCGAAGACCUGAAGAAGCAACUGGAAGAAGAGAAUAAGUCAAAGAGUACACUGGGAAACAGCCUUUCCAGUCUUAACCACGAAUGUGAACAGUUGAGGGAGCAGCUAGAGGAAGAGCAGGAGAGCAAACUGGAGCUCCAGAGACUGGUCUCCAAACUCAACAGCGAGGUGACCCACUGGAGGAACCGUUACGAGGCUGACGCCAUUCAGCGCACCGAUGAGCUUGAGGAGGCCAAGAAAAAGCUCUCAUCACGUCUGCAGGUGGCAGAGGAAGCUGUGGAGGCCUCCCAGUCAAAGUGCUCUAGCCUGGAGAAAACCAAGCAGCGACUGCAGGGAGAAGUUGAGGAUCUCUGCAUUGAUCUGGAAAAGGCCAAUGCUACGGCAGGAGCUCUGGACAAGAAGCAGCAUGUGAUGGAGAAACAGCUGUCAGACUGGCGUCAGAAAUGCGAGGAGAUCAUGGCUGAGAUGGAAGGGUGCCAGAAGGAGAGCCACCAACAUGCCACCGACCUCUUCAAACUGAAAACUGCGUACGAAGAAGCCAUUGAGCAAAUGGAGACUUUAAAGAGGGAAAACAAAGCACAGCAAGAGGAAAUCGCUGACCUUACAGAUCAGCUGGGAGAAGGUGGCAGAAGUGUCCAUGAGCUUCAAAAGUCCAAGAAAAGAAUGGAGAUGGAGAAGGAUGAGCUCCAAGCAGCUUUAGAGGAGUCUGAGGCAGCCUUAGAGGCUGAAGAAACCAAAGUAGUGCGACUGCAGGUAGAAUUAACGCAGAUGAAGUCUGAUAUAGAUCAUAGGAUACAAGAGAAGGAGGAGGAGUUUGAAGCUUCGAGGAAAAGUCACCUCCGAGCACUAGACUCACUACAAGCCAGUCUUGAUGCUGAAAUAAAGGGCCGAACGGAGGCCAUGCGAAUGAAGAAAAAGCUGGAAGGAGAAGUCAACGAGCUGGAGGUCCAGCUGGACCUUGUUAAUAAGAAUAAUGGAGACCUGCUGAAAACCAUCAAGAAAAUGCAGCAGCAGAUAAAGGACUUGCAGACGCAGAUGGAAGAUGAGUCCAGACAGCAAGAAGAGAUGAGAGAACAGUACAACUUGAUGGAGAGACGCUGCAACCUUCUGGCAACUGAGAUGGAGGAAUCUCGGACUAGCGUGGACGCCUCUGAGCGGGCCUGCAAGAUCCUAGAGCAAGAGCUGAUUGAAAUGAACGAUACAUACAACGAAAUGAAGGGUCAGUUCCAGUCAGUGACAAGUUUGAAAAGGAAGCUGGAAGCAGAAUUGCAGCAGCUAAACACAGAGCAUGAAGAACUGCACAGUGAGGUCAGAGCUGCCGAAGAAAAAACGAAAAAAGCCACAUCUGAGGCUGCAAGGAUGUCAGAGGAACUCCGUCAGGAGCAAGACCACUCCCUCCACCUGGAGAGAGUCAAGAAAGGACUGGAGACGCAGAUAAAGGACCUGAACACCAGACUGGAGGAGGCUGAGCAGCUGACCAUGAAGGGAGGCAAGAAAAUCAUUCAGAAACUGGAAGGAAGAGUGAAAGAGUUGGAGCUGGAGCUGGAUGGUGAGCAGAAGCGCCAUGCGGAGAGUGUGAAGACCCUGAGGAAGAAUGAGCGGCGUCUCAAAGAGCUGGUGUUCCAAGCGGAGGAGGACCAGAAAAACCAGCAGAGGAUGCAGGAGCUGGUGGAGAGGCUGCAGAACAAACUGAAGGCCUACAAGCGACAAGUCGAGGAGGCUGAGGAGCAGGCAAAUAUGAACUUGGCCAAAUACAGGAAGACGGUACAUGAGCUGGACGAUGCAGAGGAGAGAGCGGACAUCGCAGAGACGGCUCUGACGAAGAUCAGAACCAAGAACCGAGCCAGCUUCGGCAAAGGAUACUCUUCGGGCUACAGUACUCCCUUUACCAACACUGUCCGAUCCCCAAGCUCUGCGGGCUCUGAGGGAAGAGGAGAAAAGAUAAUGAAUGAUGAGGACACAGCUUCUCUGAUCCCGGCCUAUCUGAACUCCCUGAAAAAACUCAUGAUCGAAUAAUAGAAGAUGUAAUAAUAUAUUGAAAUUCAAAUAUUAUAGAAUCUACACAAUAGGAAGAAUAAUCUGACUUGUUUAGUUACAGAUACAAACUGACUUUACUUCUGUUUGACGGAACAGUGUUUCCUAAUUCACAAACUGCCCAGGUUUUUUAUUAUAAAUGUCACCUUGUACUGCAAGUAACUAGUCAUUGAAGUGUCACAUUACCUUUAAGUUAGUUGGCAAGUCGCUUCCAAUUAAAUGUUCUUAAUUUUCUUUAAUGUUCCCUUACCUUUUUAUGAUGUUUGAAUCAUUCUACGUGGUUCUUAUUGCAAUUACUAUGAGUUCAAAAGCUGCUGUUCAGUUUUAGUUGCCUGACGGAGACAUAUGCAAUAUAGGCUAGAUCAGGCUACGUGUUUUUAUUUAGUAAUAGAGGUCUUCACGGGUCCAAAUUAAUCAACCUGACCCAAACACGAACCAACAAUUAUUUACCCGACCCGACCCAACCCGGUGUAAAAUUCUCAUUAGACCCGGAUCUGACCCGGCCCGAAAAAACAGUGGAACGCUUUUUCUUUCCCCAGUUUAGCAUAUGCACUGACUAGAUACAGUAUUAAAGCAGUGUUUAUUUCCAGUCAACCUGGAAAUCUGGCUGUACUACAGACAGCGUUUAUUCUAUCAUGAACCUAGAAAGAGGACUGUAAAAUUAAAUAUAUAAAAGAUGAUAAAUACAUUAUCUGGAAAUCAAAUGAACUGAAGUACGAUCUCGUAAAUACAUGAUUUUAUUACAAACUUAACACAGGAGCAAAUGGAAUUGAGAUGUAAAAUUUGUGUUUUGCAAAACCUGUUUUCCUUCUUUGUCCACAAUAACAACAAAUGACACCGCAGACUUGCAUUUUUCUGUGAGCUUUUGUGAAUCGUUUUUCUUAAGUUUUUCUUUCACGUCCUUCAAAAACAAAUCCAUUACUCCGACUUUUAAGAAUGAUCUAACAGAAACACCUUCGAUACGGCUCACGUGUCUGCUGCUGCGCUCUGCAAGCCGUGUCAUGUGCUACUGGGGAAGCCAAUCCACGCAACUCUAGAAUAAUGAACGCUGAUACAGGCAGAUACAUUUGUGGUCGCAGGGGGUUUUGUUCUUGCUGUUCCCUGCCGUUAAUAUUUCAAGAAGUAAACUCCUAUAAAAUAUAGUACAACCCGCUUUUACAUAUUGCUACUGGGUGUAAACCUAAUACGCAAGGAAACUGUAGUUAUCUGUCUUCACUGGCUGUGCUUGUAAAGAUGAGGCAUGUGGGUAUAUGAAAGCCUCCAGCAGCAGGACAGCUCAACAAAUCAGCUUUGUAGAUGAGAGUGAAAUACUGUACUCCCUUCUAGAGUUACACAAAAAAUGAAUUUGAUUUACCAAUAACUGAAUACCUUAUUUAUUGUUGUAUUUGCCACCUUGUGUAAGUUUCAAUACCAGACAGAUAUGAUUAUUUUAUCUGGAUGCUGAUUGUAGAAAGUUUCUUUAUAAAUGCUACUUUAGUUAAUGUUCGCUCUUUUUAUAUAAAACGCAAGUGCCCACCAUGUCUUUCCCAGUAAAAGGACCUUCCAACACACUAUGCAUUAUUAACACAUACGUACUAUAAUGAUACUCUGGCUGCAAAGCGUACUGUCAAGAAAGCUCCUGCUUGCUCUUACAAUAGGUAUUAAAAAAAUAAAAGACAAUUUGUGUUGAUGCAGAUUGGUAAGGACGGAAUAAAAAUAUAUAAUUUAACUUGAAAACACUUGAAGCUUCAGGGAAUUAGAGAGCAUAAAAAAUUAAAUAAUAAUAAACACAUUACUUACUGUUCAUUCAUUGUCUGUUUUGGGAUGCAAUUAAUGAACAGGGAUUGAUGGAUAUUUAUAUGUUGAGUGUCUAAGACAAAUAGCAAGGAUGCAGUCAGGAUUUCUGCAGGCCGGUCAUUUGGAGUAUUGACAUCUGUAAUGAAAUACACCUUGUUUUGCUAAGUCUGCAUUUGUUUUUAUACUAUAGAGAAGUGAAUGAGCAAAAGUCAUAUCAGCUAUACACGGUGUCUUGUAGCAGGUCAAAAUGUUGGUUUAAAAAAAUUAAAAAAUUAAAAUAAAUAACCUUGUUUGCACAACUUCUGUAAAAAUCUGUUGUAGCAAACUGGCAGAUAUAAUUGAAUUAUAACUACACAACAACAAGGUUAAAGAUAUACUUAUUAUACUAGGGAUAGUGAGGAAAAGACUGUGACCAAACACAUCUACAGCAUGGGGUACAAUCUACAACACCCAAAAGCGCAUAACAAUCAAGGAGAAGCCUAACGCAGGUGUGGGAAAGGACACCAAAAAUGAGAGGCAAAAGCAUGUAUAGCUGAUAUGACACAGGUACUUUAUGGUGUCUCUGAGCAGUCUAGAAUAACCUUUUUAUACUUCAAGUUAUAAACAGCAAGGAAGUACCUGGAAUGCAACGUGUGCAUUAUUAAAACUGCAAUGUUCUGCAACGCUUUGGCACAAAUGAAAUACAGUGAUGCCUGCUGUACAAUGUAUGCCACAAACCAUGAUGACGUGUGUGACUGAAAGAGUUUUCUUUAUUUAGCCCUGGUGGUCUUGGAUUGAAGGCCGCUUAGGCCUCACUUUAUUUUACUAAUAUGUAUACAUUUAAAAAUAUAAAAUUUGUGUUUUGUAUAAUUCUAUAAUAAUAAUAAUAAUAAUGUUGCAUAUACUUCACACUAAUUUCAUAUUAUUAGCACCCCCCCCCCCCCUUAGGAAGACCAAACUAUUAAGACAUAUAUAUUUAAACAAAAAAAAUAUAUAUCCGUUUAGUUUACUUGGAAAUAAUUAAAAUGUACCCAAAACUAUUAUUCUGAUAAAAAUAUAUUUCAAAAUCAGUAAACACAGGAGGGACAAUGUCAUUUGAACUAGCAAACAAUGUUCAUAUGUAUUUAGAGACCAGUGAAUUUGAAUCUCCUGAUACUAUAGACUCUGUUUUAUGAACACAUUUUGUGAAGCUAAGGGAUCUCUCAUGUUUCAGAUUUUAGGCAUUUGUAGUAUUUCCGUCACAUAGUAAUAUCUUUGAGAUAGAUCUCCUGAAGCAGACUUGAAGAAUGUGAAAAUGGCAAACAUAAUGUGCAAGUCCUCCAAUCAGCUUCAGUUCAAGGAUAUGACCUCAGUAACAAUGUUGAAAGUGUCAUUUAAUGUAAUGUAACUGUGGUGACUGAAAAUAUAUAUUUUUGUCUUUAAAUCUAUAAUAAACCUUUUAUAUCAUUGCA